AUGUCUUUUGCUCUCGGCGAUCUCCCCGCCGAGCUGGUCGAGGAUGUGGGAAAGCAUCUCGACGAUGGAGAGUUGUCUUCUCUCUCAAGGACCUGCCGCGACCUCCAUAAGUUACUCAUAAAAAUCUUAUAUAGUCGGCACCAACUCAACCACGAACUCAUGUAUUACUCCGUCGAGCGCGGGAACAUAAGCGUCGUGAGACACUUACUCGAAGCUGGCGCGAGUCCGAACCUUACCAUAUCCUCGGGACAAAACAGACUGUCAGUUCGUGUAUUGCCUCUCAAUUCUAUCGGCCUAUGUACCUGGAUGAAGUCUGACAAAGUGCAACCCGGGCAACCCGAGCAACCUGGGCAACCUGGACAACCCCGUGUUCGACCCCUACCAUACUAUUGGACUCUCCUGCACGUUGCCGCAAGCAUGGGAAGAGACGAUAUCGUAAACCUCCUACUUCAACACAAAGCUAAGACCGACAUAGCUUCUAGAGGAUGUUGCGAUUGUCUCCUCCCGAACAAGGCACUGACAUCCGAAGCAAGGCACUACGUCACACCUGUCUGGAUGCCUCUUCAUACCGCAAUCUGCCACGGGCACGAAUCGACAGCAAGACUUCUAAUAUCUCACGGAGCCUCGACCGGCGUCUCUCCGGAUUGUUAUCGCAUCACUGCUCUCCACACAGCUUGCUUUUCCAACAAUGUUCCUAUAAUCCGAUUCCUCCUGAACGAAGGGCAUCAGACAGAUAUCAACGUCCAAGACGGAAAGGGUUACACACCUAUGGCAUACGCGUACUUCACUAAUAGUUGGCGCUCUAUCGAUUUCCUAGUAAAUGCUGGGGCUUCGCUAAACGUCAACCUGGGAUCAUACAGUCUUAUCGAACAUGCCUGCCUCCGUAGCUGGUUUUAUGACGCCCUUCGACUCAUCAACUUGGGGGUGGACUUGGCGAAAUCUUGCGCCGUGGAACACGAGGCUACCGAUGCGGUUUCGGAACUGUUAUUCCGCUGUUGCCAAAUUGGGGAAUCACUCAGAUUCGAACCACGUUGGCAUACCCGUCUUAGCCACGGGCGAGAGUUUGAUCAGGAGCAGUUCAGAACCAGCGUCAUUCGAGCACUUAUCAAAGCAGGUGCUAACAUAGAGGUUCGAUGCCUAGAAUACAAGCCCGAUCGCAGAGACAGGGUCAUAACCCCACUCAUGCUUGCGUCCAAAUAUAGUCUCAACGAGGUUGUCGAAACCUUGCUCGCCGCGGGUGCCGAUACGGAGGCGAUGGAUGGUGACGGUAAUACUGCCUUGAUGAAGGUUUGUGGAUCCGGAGAAACAAGGGCUCAUAGGCCUGAGGAGGCGAGGCUACGUACUGUAACAACACUACUAACCCAUAAGCCGCAAAGUUUCGACAAUAUCGGCCGAGCUCUGAGGACAGCCUUAGGAUCAUGUCGCAACAUGCAAAUAGUGAAACUUCUUAUCAAACACGCGAAGCCUGGUACGCUGGAUGAUGAGGACAGCUUCAAACUCCUCGGAGACGCGAUGAGCCAACCAAACCAUGAUGUUGCCGAUUUGCUUAUGGAGAGCGGACUCAGAGAGCCUACUUCGGCAGAGAUCGACUCUAUUAUCGAUUCUAUUAUCGAUAAUUCUGAGGAGGAGGAUGAAAAUGACAUGGCUAUGAAAUAUCUUUCCAGAUUUCCGCAAUCAUACGAUCUGCUAAGGGACCCGAACCGUCUUCUCAACUGCAUCAAGAAGGGACAUGACGAUUAUGCCGAGUUUAUGAUUAGGCUUGAAAUGCCGGCUAACCCCGAGUUCUUUCUAGUAGAAGCCUGCGGGAUCGGUAAUUUCGCGAUUGCCCAAAUGCUUCUAAAGAGGGGAGCCGAUCCGAACCAAUGCUCUGGCACCGACCUUCCUCUAGUCAAAGCUAUUCUAGGAAAUCAUUAUAGUGUGGUUGGCCUGCUUUUGGAUCACGGCGCCAUCGUCUGUCAUCGGGGCUUUGAUGCCUUGGACUUCGCAAUCGUACGCGGCAGGACAGAGAUUAUCAGGACGAUCCACACCCACCCUAGCUAUCAAGCGACUAGAACGAAGCGCACUGCUUAUCUAGAAAAUGCCUGCUGCGCGAGCUUGGCCGCGUUCGGCGACACCUCCGUAUUGCGCCUAGUACUAGAAUCCGCAAAUCCUAACGUGGUACUACCAACGGCCACGGUAACACCCUUACACCUAUGUAUAGCGCGAGGCCACGACUCUGCGAUCCUCGUCUUACUCCACGCCGAAGCCGAUAUACACAUGCAUCUUGGUCCGGACGACCACAGGUCGGCAUCUGCUAUAAACUCCUUCUGGGGAACGACGCCGCUGGAAUGGGCGAUCAGCAAUUCGCCUCGCCAUCGCGUCGGUAUUUUGCUGGACCGCCUGAUUCCUGUGUCUCUAAGCAAUCUUUGGCGCCCGCGACAAGAGAUGUUGCAACUGCGCUACAUCCGAGCCGCUUGCCGGAGACACGACCCGGAGGUGAUAGAACUCCUACUCCACCACGAGCUCCCCCUCCAACUUCGUGACGACAAGGGAAAUUCUUUCUUGAGUAUAUUCUGCCAAACUAUCGAGAGCAUCUGGCCGCUCGAAGAUCCGAACCAGCCGGCGGAUUUGACCGGUGAGAAGUCAGCCAAGUGCGUCAUCGUCCUGCUCAAGGGAGGCGCCGAUCCUCAGCAGAAAAACAACGAAGGUGUCUCCGCCUUAGACCAUAUACGUCGCAUGAUGACUUACGAAGGACCUAGCCACUUUCACCAGGAGGUCGCAAAGGCGUGGAAUAGGGAACUGAUCCUCGACGACGAAGGGAUCCGCGAGAGACGUUAG